AUGCUGGAUCGCGAGGAGAAGUUGGGCAUCAGUGUGACAGACAUGUGGCUCAAUCAAUGCCGAACUUCUGAGAUGGCUCGAGUCCGCUACGAGAACCAGCGGGUGCAGCUUGCACCCCCUCAAGGCGUUCAGCACAUCCUCGUCGCAGCUGAGAUCGCAAAGGAGCUGCUGGACUUGCCCGACUUGAUAGCAAAGUCCCAGGCGAAAUUCCUUGUCCUCCUCUGCAAGAAUGAGUCCAUUACUUCACCGUCGAAGCUUGCUGGGUUGACAUUGAAAGCAUCAAGACAGUUGACCUUUCACCACGUCCCUCGCGGCGGCUUCAAAAGUUUCAUUCUUUAUGCGUCCGACGAGCAGCAAGACGUGACGGAGCAAAUGGCGAUGUACGACGAGAUGGUUAGCAAGAUCCUGAAAGAUUUGCCUCUGCAAAAGGACAGGCUUCUGUCGAGUAGGGGUUACAAGGAGCUGAAGUGUCAUGCUGAAGGAGCUUCCAGGAAGCGCAAGCGGCCAGAGGCAAAUGCAGCAGGCGCCGAUGACAUCGAUAUGAAGGACAGUGAAAACAAGAAGAAGAAGAAGGACGACGGGAAUGACGUGGAACAGGGUGACAGCAAGGAUGAGGACGGUGUUGACAAGGAAAAGCAAGCCUUGGAGAAACUCAUCGGCUCUGCAGACUUUCAUCCAUCCAAGAGAGCAAGUAAGUUGCUCCGCGAGCAGCCUACCACGGCACGCCUCAACGGCUAUGUGAUGAUGGAAGCAUUGCAGCAGGACACGUCUGCUGUUUUCAUGGCCUCCAGUUCCAAGCUGCUGAAGACGAGACGCAUGGUUAUGGAAUCCAAGGAGAUCUCAAACGAGCUCAAGCUUCCAUCCCUUGCUUGUUUUCAAGACAAGCAUAAGCAAGUUAAGGUGCGAGAACUUUUGUUUGCAGAUAUGCUGAAGCUCAAACUGUGGCAGCCUGAUUUCUUGAACGUUUCCUUUCUGAACCCUGGCCCAGCUCGCGCAGCAGUAAACCUGUUGCCGGCGAAGCCAGCAAUGCUGGCAAUCUUCAUGUCGCUGCUAAGCACGCGUUCUGUGUACUGA